AUGAAUGUGAAAAUGAGAAUGAGCUACCUGCUAACCCUUCUUCUCUUCGCCAUACUCACCGCCGCCUGCUUCUUCAUACUCGCCGCCGACGUCCUACUCUUUUUGGCUCGGCUCGACGUGCAACACGCAAAAUUUUACGUCUACGGUAGGAUUUUUGAAGUGUGCACGUGAUUUGCAAAGUUUUGAUACCCGAUACUGGCUGCGUUUUGAGCGCACAUCUCGAGCUGAGCGCUGAGAGCAACAUUUUGCUCAAAACGUUUAAAUUCGAUUCCAGGAGGCGUUCUCUACCUCGCUUUCUCCCUCAUUCUCAUUCUCCACGUGUCGCGAUGCGUUGUCGAAGACACCUACGACACAUUUCACGAUAUUAUUCAAGGCGCGGAGGACGAGAGGAACUUUGUUGAAACUGUAUGA